AUGAAUACUAGUUUGAUAAGUAGCUAUUUAACUGUUAAUAAUGCAGCUAUUUUUGGAGUUGCUGCUUUAGCAUUAGUCUUUAUUAAGAUAUGGUCUAAUGGCUCUGUUAAUAACAAGAAAAGAGAUUUAAGCAAUUAAUUGGUUAUCAUUACAGGCUCAAAUACUGGUAUUGGAUUAGAAACUGCUAAGAACUGUGUUUAAAAUGGAGCUAAAGUCAUACUUGCUUGCAGAGAUUAAAAGAGAACUUAAAAUGCUCUAGAUUUAAUUAAUUCAAUUAAGCCUAAUUCAGCUGAAUUUAUGAGAUUGGAUUUAAGUGAUCUUUCAUCAGUUCGUUUGUUUGUUAAUGAAUUUAAGAGUAAAUACAAUAAACUAGAUAUCCUCAUUAAUAAUGCUGGUAUAAUGCACAUACCAAAUAGAGUUUUAACAAAAGACGGCUUUGAAAGUUAAAUUGGUACAAACCAUUUUGGUCAUUUCCUUCUUACUCACCUUUUGAUGGAUAGCUUAAAAGCAUCUCCUUAAUUUAGAGUCAUUAAUCUUUCUUCUCUUGCACAUAGCUUUGGAUCUAUGAACUUCGAUGAUCUCCAUUACGAAAAAAGAGCCUAUGACCGUAACUCAGCUUAUUCUUAAAGCAAGAUUGCCAACAUUCUCUUUACAAUUGCAUUGUAAAAAAGAAUUACCCAAUAAAAGUUGAACGGUAUUGCAGUAAGUCUUCAUCCUGGUGUAGUAAGAACUGAAUUAACAAGACAUUACACUGGUAUUUUAGGAUUUAUGAAAUUUUUAAUUUCUCCUUUGUGGUAUCUCUUAUCUAAAUCUCCAGAAUAAGGAGCAUAAACAACUUUAUAUUGUGUUCAUGAAAACUUUGAUAAACUAGUUAAAGGUGGCUAUUAUUCUGACUGUAAGACUAAAAAAUAUGGUAACAAAUAAAUUACUGAAGAAAAUGCUGAGAGAUUUUGGGACAUCUCUUUAAAAUAAUUAAAAUUGUGA